AGGGCGGGGGCGGCGCCUGGAGGGAACGGGGACUCAUCCUUCCUCGCUCCUCUCCGUUGUCUCAGGGAGCCUCCGUUGGGCGGAGAGGGCAGGUGGCUUUCUAGAAGAUGACCAUAGAGGAUCUUCCUGACCCUUCCAUAGAAGGAGAUCCAUUGACUAAAAGAUACCAGUAUCUUAUUCCAGGUUCUGAAGAUUCAAUCACCUAUUCUGUUUCUGCAGCACCAAUGCCUUCUGAAUGUGAGUUCUCCUUUUUUGAUCCUAAUGAUGCAGCAUGUCAGGAGAUUCUGUUCAACCCCAAAACAUCUGUGUCUGAACUAUUUGCUAUCUUAAGACAAUGGGUCCCCCAAGUUCAACAGAACAUUGAUGUCAUUGGGAGCGAGAUCAUUAAGAGAGGCUGCAAUGUGAAUGACAGAGAUGGAUUGACUGACAUGACUCUCUUGCAUUACACAUGCAAGUCAGGGGCUCAUGGUAUUGGGGAUGUUGAGACUGCUGCCAAAUUUGCCUCCCAACUUAUUGACUUGGGUGCAGAUAUCAAUUUGAGGAGCCGUUGGACAAACAUGAAUGCUUUGCACUAUGCUGCCUACUUUGAUGUUCCAGAACUCAUUGGUGUCAUUUUGAAAAAUGCAAAGUCCAGAGAUGUGGAUGCCACCUGCAGUGACUUUGAUUUUGGAACAGCCUUGCAUAUUGCUGCCUUCAACUUGUGUACAGGAGCAGUAAAGUGUUUAUUGGAACACGGAGCCAACGCAGCCUUUAGGAAUGACAAGGGACAGACUCCAGCAGAUGUGGUUCCUGACCCGGUGGACAUGCCACUAGAGAUGGCAGAUGCAGCAGCCAGUGCUAAGGAAAUUAAGCAGAUGCUCUUAGAUGCAGUGCCUCUGUCUUGUGACAUUUCCAAGGCCCUGCUUCCAAACUAUGAUAAUGUCACUGGCAAAGAUAUGCUUGGAUCCCUUGGCCUGAAGCUUGGAGAUCGGGUUGUCAUUGCAGGGCAGAAGGUUGGCACAUUAAGAUUUUGUGGCACAACAGAGUUUGCCAGUGGACAGUGGGCUGGCAUAGAAUUGGAUGAACGUGAAGGAAAAAACAAUGGAAGUGUUGGCAAAGUACAGUACUUCAAGUGUGCACCAAAACAUGGUAUCUUUGCACCUCUCUCUAAAAUAAGUAAAGCUUCAGAACACAAAAAGAAUGCAAAAGUUUCUUCCUCACGACCUUCGCCCACUGUCAAGUCCAAGAAAAUUGAUGUAACGCACAUAACGUCCAAAGUGAAUUCAGGCUUAUCUGCAUUGAAAAAAGACAGCACCCCAGAUUCCACAUUUUUGGGCAGCAAAGAAGGAAUGAAAACUCCACCUGGGAAAGAAGAAAAAGCAACUUCCCUUGGAUCCAACAGCUCUUCCUCUUCCACUACAUCUUUAGACAGCAAGCAGAAUUGCUCAAAGAAGUGGAAUACCGCAAGGAAAAAUAAGAAGGAUGACUUGAAAAGCCAUUCUGCUGCAACAAAAGGAGGAAACAACACUUUUCCAUCUUCAAGAAGAAAUCCUUUUGAUGAAGGGGAGAUUCAGAUUGGAGACAGAGUCCUGGUGGUGGGACAGAGAACUGGAAUAGUUAGAUUUUAUGGGACAACUAAGUUUGCACCAGGGGUUUGGUGUGGAAUAGAACUGGACAAACCUCAUGGCAAGAACGAUGGUUCAGUUGCAGGCAUGCAGUACUUCAGCUGCCUCCCCAGAUAUGGUGUCUUUGCACCACCAUCGAGAGUGCAGAGGCUAGUGGGAUCGCUAGACUCCCUCACAGAUGUUUCAUCAAGUAAAAUGAAUCAUUCUCUCCCCGGUUUCCGACGAAGUUUUAGCACAACCUCUGCAUCUUCCCAAAAGGAGUUAAACAGGAGAAACUCCUUUGUCAAGUCAAAAAAUGCUUCUUUGCGACGCAGCUGGAGCAGCACCACUACGGCCAGCGCCGAGGGCCCCGUCAAGCUCCACGAAGGCUCCCAGGUCCUCCUGAGCAGCUCCAGUGAGAUGGGCAUCAUUCGCUACAUUGGGCCCACAGACUUUGCUCCAGGCAUCUGGCUUGGCCUGGAACUCCGAAGUGCCAAAGGCAAGAAUGACGGCUCUGUGGGUGAUAAGCGGUACUUUACUUGCAAGCCAAAUUAUGGAGUCUUGGUGCGGCCGAGCCGAGUCACUUACCGAGGGAUCAAUGGUGCAAAACUUGUGGAUGAUAUCUGCUGAAAGCAAACUCCUCUAGCUCUUGAGAUGAGGGCAUAAGAAAUAAAGCACACAAGACAAUUCUGCCAUCGCCUGCAUGAAGUUCUGCCUUACCCAAAGUCCUAAAACUCCAUUUGUAUAACACUUGCACAGCUCUAGCCAGAAUGGAGUUGCAUUAUGACUCUUGAGGAAUGAAAUCUCAAUAGCUUCCCCUACGGAACAGUCCUCACCCGAAAGCUGCUUAUAUAUUUAAAAAACAACUUGGGGUUGAGCAGUCCUGUUAUUUGAAUAAUCUGCUGUUUUCUAUCUGGCUCCAUGUUGCCAUGCUUUGCUGCUUUACAAAUGAUGUUUCCAUCCCACAUUCUAAUGAAGCUGUAAAGUGACUUGAGAUCGCAGAGCUUGUUAAACAAGCAGCAGGAUUUGUCAACCUGCUAAACAGUCUUCACUUUUUCUGGGGGAAAAAAACAGCAAUAAAGAGGGAGGGAAGUGACAGUGUUUAGGGGGAAAAUGUUGUGAGACUGGUAGCUUAUUAUCCAGACAGAUCCUCCAAGCACAAAG